UUCUUUGCAAAUGAUUUUAAUUGUGAACUAUAGUGGUCCGAGAUGGGCCGAGUUGGAGGUGCACCAUAUUUAUGAUGUGUUUCCACUCAUUAUGACAAGGAUCAAAUGUCUGCAGGUAAUAUUUCGGUACGAAAAUGAGGAUUAAUUGUGAAGUUCAGGUAAACAAUCGUAAGUUACCAUCCCUGAACAUCAGCAAUAAGAGAGGUGGGACGCGAUCUUCACUAGGCAUUGGUCGCCACCCUGGGUCCAAGGCGGAUGUGUCGAGUCUCUUCAUUCAUUUAUGUACAGCACAACACAAGCUAGGCACAAAAUAUAAGGUUGGUGGGAAUAUUGAGGCUGUGUUUACAAAAUUUGUCGCAGAAGGUAAAUUUACAAUUCGUUUCAAGGAACCAUCGCAUGACCUCUGUGUGAAAGCUGACCCAGUGUUGGCUAAAACAUUCUUACAAACAUUAAAGCAAGGAAUCCAGAAUAAAGAUAUUGAGAAGCUACGACUCUCCAACCUUAAUCCGGUGAAGCAAAGCCAAGUUGAAAAACCGAUGACAAAACUGAUCAUUAGAAGUAAACAAGAAUAUCCAAUUACAACGGCUUUCCCCUACUCUCUGGAAAUACUCAAGGUAAAUAAUGUCGAGUUAAACAGAGUAGAGAAGCGCAUCAUUAAACUGAAGAAACUGAAGAGCCUCGAUUUAAGUCAUAACACUAUUAAGGAGUUGCCAGCGACCAUAAGUGUGAUGUGUUGUCUGACUGAGCUUCACCUUUCCUUCAACCACAUCCCUAACAUCAGUCCCCAGGUGUUUACAGGCAGACUCUCCCACACCCUUCACCUGCUUGAUUUAUCUUACAAUGGUAUGGAGUACCUGCCACACACCUUGGGGCGCUUGUGUAAUCUUGUCAGCCUAAAAAUUGAUGGGAAUAAGCUACGCAAACUUCCCGCAUCCUUAGGAAAACUCACCCGGAUGAAGUACCUCACUGCCAGCAACAAUAACCUUGUAGAACUACCAGGUUCACUCAUGCACCUGAGGAUGGACACCGUAGAUGUGUUUGGCAACCCCCUCUCCAGUCCCCUUGGCCUGGUCACGAACAACAUCACAGGAGUGCCACGCUUAAAAGAAAUUACCUCUGCUUACUGUGUUCAAAGAGGGUUACGUCCCACAGCUGCAGAUAUCCCGGCAACUUUAGUGGAUUAUCUUCAGGCUUGGUGUAAAUGUGGUUGUGGCAGAAUAUGUUAUGAGACUCACAUCCUUGCCUGCAUAUCUCUCAACCUUAAGCUAGUAGCGUCUGCACUUGCCAUCGACACUGCUUUCCAGACAUCAGCCCCGGCUCUUGCAGUUCUCUGUUCUCAAAAAUGCUUUGACAAAUGUUUUAAAAGAUGAUGUGAACAGAAUUUAUACUGCUCCAUCUCUGAGUGUUGUUUUACUUUGAGAGAUCAUAAUUUGCUUCUGUUAUUCUGUAAUUCUUCUCUUAAUUUUUAUUCCUGUUUAUGUGUUGAUCAUUUAUGGUAAACACGCUCCAGAAAAUAUCUCUAUGAUUUUGUGCGAGAUAAUAUGAUAACAGACGAAGGAUUUUGUAAACCCUAGUGAGACAACAGAAAUUGUGGUGCUCAUUUUGAAAUUUGUCAGACUCCUCCAUAAAAAUACUCUUUAGAGAGAGUGUACAAUACAGUACAGUAUUGCAUAAGAUGUACAGUACAGUAUAUCACUUCAUCUGUAAAUAUCACCAUCAUAUUAUGAUACCUGUAUGUGGCUUUUUCACAUUUUGUUUCUAAUGUUUCUUUGGAAUAAACUUAUUUUAUGUUUUA